UUGCGGGAAAGGAGACGCUGCCUUGGAGGAGAGACCCCCCCCGAACCCCUUCACUUCUUUUUUUUUUCAAUUUCCCAUUGUGAGCCCCCCCAUGCACGCGACCCUUUGAUCUAGGCGCUGCAGCCCUCCCCGCCCCACUGAUUUACCCCGCCGCCCCACAGGAGGGGAGGGAGACAAACCCCCUCGCCUUGUAAAGAGAUAAUUUUUUGGCAGGUGUUAAUUUUUUUUUGCAUGCUCUGGAUUUGGCUCUUUAAUCCGGCCGGCGACAGCUCGCGCGCACACACACACACACGCACUGCCCUGGAGUGGUGGUGGCUGCAGCUCCCAUCCCUCCCUUCUCCUCCUUCCUCCCCCUGCCGCUGCUGCUUCUCCUGCUCUUGCUCCGGAUCGCUCUUCCUCCGAGCCGUAUGUUUUGUACCAGCCCCGCAGACGAUGUCCAUGCACUGACGUUGCCCUGAAGACUCCUGCAGCAGCGUUGGAAGGAUUCCCCCGUUGAUUAUAAUUAUUUCAGUUUUUGGUGGUUGGUUGUUUAGUUGCUGCGGCGAGUGGGGUUUGGUUUUUUGGUUUGGUUCUGGUUUUUUUAACACCAUGUCUAAUUCGGGCACCCCUCAAAACGCUGAUAAUAAGCCCAACAUGUUGGACAGAAAUAACCAAGAGGACUCACAACCCCCUGUCAACUCCGAGAGGAGGAACAAAAGUGGGAUCAUAAGUGAACCUUUGAACAAAAGUCUUAAGAAAUCGCGUCCGCUCUCCCACUACUCCACCUUCAGCAGCAGCAGCUUGGUAAGCGAACAUUCAGAGAAAGGAACCUCCUUAGCUAAUGGCAAUGAAGCAACUGUGGAAAAAAGUCACUCUACCUCAAAGCACAAAAACAUCUCUAGUAUGCUGAGCAAAUCAGACAGGGCGUCAGAAAUCUCAUCAGAAGGACAGAUCAGCCUACAACAGUUUGCUCAGUCUACAGAUAUGCUCAAAAGAGUGGUACAGGAGCACAUUCCUUUACCAAAUGACCACGGGACUGGUAUCUCUGAUAUGGAAGCGGUCUCAGCUGCAGAGACAAUGAACAGCCCAUCUGAUUUUCCUUACCUGGGGGCUUUUCCCAUAAACCCAGGCCUUUUCAUUAUGACCCCUGCUGGCGUGUUUCUGGCAGAGAGCGCGCUCCAUAUGGCUGGCUUGGCAGAGUUCCCAAUGCAGAAUGAAUUGGCAUCUGCCAUCAAUUCUGGGAAAAAGAAACGGAAAAGAUGUGGCAUGUGCCCUCCGUGCCGAAGACGGAUAAACUGCGAGCAGUGCAGCAGUUGUAGGAAUCGCAAAACUGGCCACCAGAUUUGCAAAUUCCGAAAAUGUGAGGAACUCAAAAAGAAGCCGUCUGCAGCGCUGGAGGCUGCAACUGCUAAAAGGCGUAAGUCUCCCCCGCAGGACAAGUCCAGCUGUAUAGUAACAGAACCCCAAAGACACUGAAAUAAGGUGAUGCUUCCUACAGGAGCUGCAUUCAGAUGGUUUCAGUAGGAAUGAGAAUUCCAAAGCUCUGUCAUCCAAGUGCAAUGUCACUGCUUGCUUGUGUUGUCUCAGGCAAGGAAUUUUUUGGCUGAAAUGAAUGGAUGCACCUGUGUCUCUUUAGAACCAAAAAUAUUUUCUCGCAGAUUUCAUUCCUGUUUUUAUAUAUAUAUAUUUUUUGCGUUUGUUUUAACAUCUUCAAGUCCUAGUAAAACAUUUAACUGCUUUUCAAAUAAUAAUAAAAAAAUGGAUCUGUAAAGUACCAAGACUUAAUAGACAGAGUAUGGACAAUCAGUUUCUUUUUGUGUUUUGGUGUUGAUGUUGUUUAUGUGUGGAAGAUGCAGUUCUUGUGUAGAGAAUGUAAAUUUACAGUAACCUUUUAAAAUCUAGUUACUAAUAAGCACUACUGUAAUUUAGCACAGUUGUUUAAUUACACCCUCAUUUAUACUUUUUAUUUGAUUAUUUCCCAUCAUAAAAUAGAGUGGAUAGUUUCUAGAAUGCCUCAACUUCAUGUUUAUAAAUGAGAAUAUGUUUAAAACAAUGUAGUAUCCCUUUUCCUAACCAUUCACAUGUGUAAGUUUAACCAGCAAGAAGCUUGGUAUUAAAGAUGAAAGAAAAAUUGCUGCAAAAUGAGCAGUCUUGGAAAAAAAUCAUUGUUAGUUUAUUAAUAUAGAACAAGAAAUACUGCAUACAGGGGAAACAAGAUCCUAAUUGCAAUGGUUUACUUAUAGAAAUCAUUUUUAUAAACUUACUGAAGUUAAAAGAAAAAUUAAUAAAAAUUGCAGGACCUGUGCUGAAGCAGUUCUGAAAGCUAAUAUUUCUCUUAUGUUCAAAUCCCCAUUUCUCCAGCUCUCUCUACAUCAGUAAAUUGAAAUGCUGUUUGUAAUGUUUUAGCGAUCCAGGCUGUUUUGUGAAUAAAAUGAAUGCAUGUUUUGUGUCAUGAUUUACAUCUCGUUUUUUUCUGUCCAUUUCUGUUGCACGCAGUUGUGGAAAAAAAAACGUAAAAAAAUGUCCCUUUUGAAUAUGUCACUUCUUGUGUCAUGGCAUUUUCCUAAGUUUGCCUUUCUUGGCAUUCAGAGUUUGGGGUGUAUUUUUUUAGUUUUUUUGUUUUGCUUUUGUUUUUUAUCAGCAGAUUAAAAAAUAAAUGAGUGAAUUGUAAAUGUUUGCUAGUGCAAAUGGAGCAAUCAAUCAUUUUUUCCCCUAAGGUUGCAUAUGUUACAUUUUUAACUGGUUAGCUGAAUAGCACAUGUUCUGCAAAAUACAUACUGUGUUAAAUCUGGGUUUCUUACUAUAUACUUAGGAGUCUAAACUAAACUGUGCUAGGCUUGAUCACUAGAAUUUUCAUUACAGGUAGCGUGUGGACAACCCAACUACAGACUCCUUGGAAACUGACAUAGGGUUGGUGGUGGUGGUGAGUUUGUUGGGGAAUUGAUGACUUGUACCAGGUGAUGGAAUUGGCACUACAGUCCCUUGUGUAAAUUGAGGCCGAAUCUGAUUGGAAAUGAUGGGUGUUGUUUUCAGAAGUAUUCAGUGUUUGCCUAGAAUUUGCCUCUCACUAGGUAACCAUUGGCCACAAUGGGAGUAGAGAUGCGUCAACACUGAGUGUGUUGACAGCCCCAUCUUCAUGGACAUAUUGUAAUAUGUGAAUGGUGCGUUUCUGAAAGAGGAAUCAAAUGAAAUAAAUUGUGUCCAACCCAUGAGCUUUCUCGUGUUUGCCUUUGGCCCUUUCCCACCCUGCUUGGAUCCAAAGUUGCACGAGGAGCAGGACUGUAAUGCUGUUUCUUGGGUCCCUUAUCACAGAUCUCCAGCUUUGGCGAUGGAUGCUGGGGACCUGAUCAAGCUCCCAGUGAAGUCAAUGUACAGGCUGUCCUUGACUCCACUGGGAGUGGGAUCUGGCCAGAGCAGUAUUGCGCCAAUAUCUUUUUUCUUCCUUCCUUCCUAACAAACAGCUGCACCAAGGUCUCUCCUCCUUACCAUUACAGUUUGCAAGGUCCAGACAUUCACAGCUAUUUGCUUCAGGAGCAGUUCCCAACCCAGCCACCCAUAAGUGCGCAGGCUUUUCCAGUGGUGCCCAACACAUUAGGGUCCCGAGCCCCUGAUGCCAUGGCAGGAAACACAACAGGAACAAUGCCACCACUUGUUCAAUCUCAUCGUAUUUAAUCAUAUCAGUCAUUUGGUUAAAAACUCUCUCCCUUAGUGGGACUAUUUGACCAGCUAGACCUGCCUAGAGUUUAUCCAUACAGUUCAUGCCAUUUGUUUUUGUAAAACAAUGCAAUCAUGCCACAGAUAACUGUAUUUAGACUGGUUCUGUCAAGACAAGGAUAAAACG